AUGUCGAGUUCCUCGCCCAAGGGAAUUGAUAAGGCGCGCGCAGAGGUCUUAGAGGAGUGCCCUGGAAGCGAUGACCGAAUCAUGACAAUGGCAUGCGACAUCACAAAGUAUGAAGACGUUCAAGCGUGGAUUGCGGAGACGAUGAAGCGCUUCGGACGCAUCGACGCCUGUGCCAAUGUGUCUGGCAAAGAGCAGAGGAAGCUCUUCCCCCUCACCGAGCUUCCUAUCGAAGACUACAAGGAGAUUAUGGACGUUAAUGUGAACGGUCUUUUCUAUCUGCUGCGAGAACAGAUGAAAGUCAUCUCCGAUGGCGGAAGUAUCGUGAACGUGGGCAGUGUAUGCAGCUCCUUCAGCUCACCGUACUAUGGAGCAUACAUCGCAUCCAAACAUGGAGCCGCCGGUUUGACCAAGGCAGCUGCAUUUGAGGGUGCUGCGAGAGGUAUUCGUGUGAACUCUCUCAAUCCGGGCACAAUCAACUCUGAAAUGACUAGCACCCCGUUCGAACUUCCUGGCGGUGGUACCUUCACGCCAACUGCGCAAACGAUUCCGCAACUGAUCAAGAGAAUGGCCGAACCAGAGGAGAUCGCCGCCUCCAUCUGUUUUCUGCUAGGGGACGAGAGCAAAUUUGUCACAAGAUCUGAAUGGAGGGUUGAUGGUGGCUGGCUGGAGGGAAGCUUGACUGGGUGA